UCGUUGGGGACGUCGGGAAUUGCGUCAUGACGUAGCUGGCGGGAGUUGUGACGCUGCGUUUCCCUGUUUUCAACGCAGCGCGGGAGAUUUAGGAACAGAGCACCGAGUCUGCGGAGUCACCCGGGGAAGUUUGUGGCGGUUUGUUAAAAUGCCCUGUGAGAGGAAGCCGAUGCGCUACGGCCACUCGGAGGGACACACCGAGGUCUGCUUCGAUGACACCGGGAAGUUUGUUGUGACCGGCGGAAAUGAUGGAGAUGUUCGGAUAUGGGAGGGCCUGGACGAUGACGAUCCAAAGUUCAUCACCGUCGGAGAAAAGGUGUACUCCCUCGCGCUAAAGAACGGCAAGCUGGUGACGGCGAGCUCCAACAACACAGUGCAGAUCCACACGUUUCCUGACGGCGACCCAGAUGGCAUCCUGACCCGGUUCACUACCAACGCCACACACGUCACCUUUAACAGCAGUGGCUCGAGAGUGGCUGCCGGAUCCAGUGACUUCAUGGUGAAGGUGGUGGAGGUGUCAGACAGCAGCCAACAGAAAACACUCCGAGGCCAUGAAGCGCCUGUCCUCAGUGUCGCCUUUGACCCGGAAGAUGACUUCCUGGCGUCUGCCAGCUGUGAUGGCUCCGUCGUGGUGUGGAAUAUCGAAGAGCAGACGCAGGUGAUCAGCUGGCCUCUGCUGCAGAAGACCAAUGACGUCAGUAAUGCAAAGUCGCUGUGUCGCCUGGCCUGGCAGCCCGCGAUGGCGAAGUUUUUGGCAGUUCCUGUCGACACAAAGGUGCACCUGUACAAGCGAGGGUCCUGGGAUCAUGUGAGCACUCUGUCCGAUGACCUGCUGACACAGCCUGUCAACGUGGUGGCCUGGUCUCCAUGUGGGCAGUACCUGGCAGCUGGCAGCGUUGGGGGUUCACUGACCGUGUGGGACAUCAGCAGCAAGCUGUGUGUGGAAAGACAGAAACACGAGAAGGGCUUCACUGUGUGCUGUUUGGCCUGGCAUCCGUCGGGCAGUCAGAUCGCCUACACGGACACCGAGGGCCGCCUGGGCCUGCUGGACGGACUCAACACCUCCAACACCGCCGCCGCCGAGCAGCCGCCAACUAAAAAUCCAGCAAAAGAUUACGACGACCUGUUCGACGACGAUGACGACAGAGUGAUGGACGAAGGACUGAGUGACACCAACUCGCCGCUGAAGAGAGCUGUCGCCGGGGACGACGACGAUGACGACGAUUUCCUCAUGCCUGCAACGGGGCGGGUGAGGAACAGAGGGGCGAUCCUGGACGAUGAGAACUCUCUGGACACAGGAUCGCUGAGGCUCGGUCAGGGCAAAUUCGGGGACGAUGACGACACGGGCAGCGCCGUCGUGCCUGCAGCCGCUCCGUCGGGUCCUUUGCGUCCCGUCUAUGAGGGGCCCCUGCCGACGCCUCCUCAGAAGGCCUUUCAGCCAGGCUCCACCCCGGCACAUCUCACACACCGCUUCAUGAUGUGGAACUCCGUGGGAAUAGUGCGCAGCUACAAUGAUGAGCAGGACAACGCCAUCGAUGUGGAGUUUCACGACACGGCCGUGCACCACGCCAUGCACCUCACCAACUCGCUGGGUCACACCAUGGCUGAUCUUUCCCAGGAGGCCGUACUGCUGGCCUGCCCCAGCACGGACGAGCUCGCCAGUAAGCUUCAGUGCCUCCACUUCUCAUCAUGGGACACCAAUAAGGAGUGGAUGGUGGACCUGCCGAAGGGCGAGGACGUGAAGGCGCUGUGUCUGGGUCAGGGCUGGGCGGCGGUGGCCACCAGCUCACUGAUGCUCCGACUCUUCUCCAUCGGCGGAGUCCAGAGGGAGGUCUUCAGCUUACCGGGGCCCGCGGUGUGCCUGGUCGGACAUGGAGAGCAGCUGCUCGUCGUCUACCACCGCGCUACAGGAUUUGAUGGCGAUCAGGCUCUGGGUGUCCAGCUGCUGCAGCUGGGUCGACGGAAAAAGCAGCUCAUCAACGGCGAACCCCUCCCGCUGUCUCACAGAUCCCAUCUGUCCUGGCUGGGGUUCAGUGCCGAGGGUACGCCGUGCUGCGUGGAUUCGGAAGGCGUGGUCCGGAUGCUGAAUCGCUCCCUGGGCAACACGUGGACACCAGUGUGCAACACCAGAGAGACAUGCAAAAGUAAAUCGGAUCACUACUGGGUGGUCGGAGUGCACGAGAACCCUCAGCAGCUCAGGUGUAUCCCAUGUAAAGGCUCCAGGUACCCCCCCACCCUGCCCAGACCGGCUGUGGCCAUCCUGCCCUUCAAGCUGCCUCUGUGUCAGACCACCACAGAGAAAGGACAGAUGGAGGAGCAGUUCUGGCGUUCGGUCCUCUUCCACAACCACUACAGCUUCCUGUCGUCCAGCGGCUACGAGAUAGACGAGGAUGGGCAGAGUCGAUCCCAGAAGGAGCAGCAGGAGCUGCUCAUGAAGAUGUUUGCGCUGUCCUGUAAGCUGGACAGAGAGUUUCGCUGUGUGGAGCUGGCAGAGCUGAUGACUCACAACGUGGUGACUCUGGCCAUUCGAUACGCGUCCCGGUCCAGGCGCAUGGCCCUGGCCGAGCGGCUCAGCGAGUUGGCACUGGAGAAAGCCAAUCAGACGCAGGAAGAAGAGCCAGAGGAAGAGGAGUCACAACACACCAGACGGACCUCUGGAAUAAGGUAUGACCAGCGCGGGGUCACAGGAGAACAUUACAGCCAGGAGGGGGAGGAGGAGGAGCAGCAGCAAGGAGAGGAGCUCGGGGAGGAAGAGGAUGGACAGGAGAUGGAGACCGAAGAGGCAGCAGAAACCAGAAAGCGUGUGAAUCCAUUUGCUAAAGAAGCUGAUCCACGUGAGAAACCGUCUCUGAUCCCAACUGGUAAAUGUGGACGUGCAAACCCUUUCAAGGUGCUGGGCUCGGGGAAACCAUCGGCUUCGUCCGGUCAGCCUCGUGUGACUAACAUCCUGGACAGCAUGACGUCCAGCAGGAAGUCUGGUCCCCUCAGCGGACUUGCAGGGAAACCAAACAAAGGGCCCGUCCUGAAACCGCUAGUCCCCAGACCCAGGACAAAGACUCAGUCCACUCUGCUGCAGAUGACUGGCACAAAGGCAGCCAAUAAGAGGCCUCCGGAGAACACGGAGCCAGCGGGCGACGUCCCGCCUCCGCCUGCAGAAGACGCUGAAAAUAAGAGGCCCAAGACGGGCUUCCAGCUGUGGCUGGAGGAGAACAGGAAGAGCAUCACAGCUGACCACCCAGACCUGGAGGAGACGGACAUCAUCAAAGAGGCCAUGGGGCGCUUCAGGACGCUGUCAGCAGAGGAGCGCCUGUCAUGGACGGAAAAAGCAAAAGGCCCGACGGGAGACGCGGCAGAUCUGAAGAAGAGGAAACGAGCAGAAGGAGGAGGAGGAGGAGGAGGAGGAGCAGCGGCAAAUGAAAAUGGACAAACGGAAGAAGAUGAAAAUAGUGCCAAGAAGAAGAAGUCUUUGGAUCCUUGCUCCAAGCUUUCGACGUUUGCUUUCAACAAAAGCUAAAUGUUCGGUUUUUGUUCAGGUUUGUGGGCUGAAGCUGCUUGCUGCGUCGAUGAAACCUUCUCUGCUCUUUGAGGCACUUAAGCAGAACGUUUAAAGUUUGCUGUUUUUGUUUUGUUUUUUAAUGCCUUCAAAGUUUCAGCACUGAUGAGUGAGUGACAUUCAUCAGUCAUGGAGUAUCUUUGAUUUUGUUUUUACAUUUGUAACAUUUCUGAAAACCUGUUGUUGUAUUUUAACCUUUGAAUAAAUGUAAAUGUCCCUCA